AUGUCAGAUCAAUCAUACGACAACAUCCCCCGGGCCACCUCAGAAUCGUCGGACGAACUCGACUCACUACCCUCAACCUCGGCCAGCACAACCUCAGUCUCCCCCUCGGAAGAAGAAUGGCAAUCAGACGCCGAAAGAGAAUGGAAAGAGUCAUUACAGCAGCUUGAGCUGCUUCUCACCAUGGUACUCGUGCCGUACUUGGGCAAAUACUUUGGCCGCAAGGCUGCCUAUUGGGGAUGGACAAAGUACAUGGAGUGGAACUACCCUGUCAAGAUCGAAAUCACGAAUCCCGGUCUCUUCAAGGGUAUCGGCGCCGUCGAAGCCGCUGCCUCUUUGUGA